UUUCUUUUUCUUUUUUUCCCUCUGCUGGUGCAUUUGCCUUCGUGCAGCUCAAUCCGGAGGCUGCAGGUUAGAUCAAGAGAGAAAAAGAACAGAAGGAGAAGACAAGGCGGAAUCUUCUUCAUGACUGUAAGGUAUAAUUAGAGAUGCUUUCCAUCUUUUACAGCAUGCAGGCUCUUCGCGCUCGUGCCACGAUGAGGGAGAUGUUUUUGCUGGCUUCGCUCGCGCUCCUCAGCCGCGUGCCUUCCAUCGGCUCUUCUUCCGAUUACGAGUACUACGUCUGGAGCGCGAGCAGCCACAGAGAGAGCCGCUGCACGGAAAUCCCCGAGGACCUGCGGCUGUGCCACGGCAUCGGCUACACGCGGAUGCUGCUGCCCAACCUGCUGGAGCACGAGAGCAUGGCGGAGGUGAAGCAGCAGGCGAGCAGCUGGGUGCCGCUCGUGCACAGGAGGUGUCACGCGGACACGCAGGUUUUCCUGUGCUCGCUCUUUGCACCGGUGUGUUUGGAGAAAAAAGUUGGUCCUUGCAGGCUGCUCUGUGAGUCUGUGCGUGAUGCCUGCAGCCCCAUCAUGGAGGCGUUCGGCUUCGGCUGGCCAGAAAUGCUCAACUGCAGCAGGUUUCCACUCGAGGAAAAGGAUUUGUGUAUCACUAAAAACCACACGGAAAAGUCUAAAGAGUCUGAACACAAGGCUGCAUGUCCACAGUGUGACUUCGAGAUGAACGCAGAUGUCAUUCUCCAGAACAUGUGCGCCAGCGAGUUCACUAUCAAAGCAAAAAUAAAGAAAACAAAAAUAGAGAACGCGGAUAAGAAGGUGAUGCUACAGAAGAAGAAGAAAGCAGUGCGGAAUACAGCUCUGAACAAUCAGGAACUGAAGAAGCUGGUGUUGUAUCUAAAAACCGGAGCUCACUGUCCCUGUCAACAACUGGACAACACGAGGAAUCAUUAUCUAAUCAUGGGACGCGAAGUGAAAAAACGCUACAUACUGACUGGCAUCCACCAGUGGGACGAAGAGAACGCAGAGUUCAGGAAAGUUCUGAACGAAAUCAAAACCUACAGAUGUUCUGCUCUCGAUUCUCUUUUUAAAUAAUUCACCCACAAAAAAGUGACACACACUAUAACACUCCUGUAGUGUUCACUCCUUAGUAAUUUUGUGUCUCACUCACCCAGGCCAUUUUUUAAAGAAAUUGAUAACAGUAUCAUAAAUCCCCAACAGGGGUGGGUGAUAUGACAAAAUGAUCAUAUUAUGAUAUUUAAAGAUGACAUCACAAUAAGGAUCACAAUAUAUUCAGUAGGUUCGGUAAACAAACUGCCCACAAGUGUGAAAAACUGAAUUUUCAUGAUCUUUUUAUUUAAUAUCUGCAAAAAUAAAUUAAAAGGAGGAAAAAAAAGUUGUAAUUAAAGUUUAACAUUUUACAAUUUUUUAGAUUCAGUCCCAAAAAAAACAGAAAACCAGCUGCAACCAGAAUUUGUAAUUAGUUUAGAAACAGUUAAAUGUUACUACGAUACCUGUGAUAUCUCAGAAAAGAGUAACAAUAUCCAUAUUAUAUCAUAUCUAUCAUGUCACCCAGCCCUAAUCCAUAAUCCAUCCUUUCAUCUCAGUAAUGACUGUUUAUCUUAUCUUAUCUUAUAUAUUAUAUUUGUAUAUACAAUAUUAACGCUUUUAUUUGCUUUUGUUUGUUCUUUCAGAAAUGAGACAAGACCAAAAUAUUUUUUUUUAGCACCAUCUUUGCUGGGUUUGCAUUUUUCUUUUUCAUCACGAUAUAAGCGUUCUUUCUUUCAUUCAGUUCUGUGUUGUAUUUUAAUCAAGUUGUUCUUACUAAGAACAUAGUUGCAUUACAGGUAGGACUUCAGUUUCCGUGUACUCACACAUAUUACUCUGCUUCUUCAUUUUAUCGAAAUAUUCACUCGUAACUAGUCAUGUGCUGAAAAUCAGAUACAGUCCUCUAUCAUAACCUUCCAUAGUGAUCUACCUGGGAGGAGACUCCCUGCAAAGGCAGCAUUUUGGACCAGUGUUUGUGUUUCAGAGAGAAAACCUGUGGAAGGUGUUUUCUAAGGGUUAUUAUUUUGAACACAUUUGGUAAUGGCGGUAAUUCUGUUCACCAAUUCUGCGUUCCGUGACUUUUAAAUUCAGUAUAUGUGCAAAAUUAAACUUAUCAAAUGUUAGGCAGUUAUUGUAAGCUGAAACUUUUAUACUGAUGUCUCGUUGUAGAUGUGCUCAAGUUAUUGCUAUCUGCUUGAAUUACACCUCAGAGAACUGCAUUUUUCAUGAAAACUCUGAUUUGUAAACAUGGUUUUAAUUAAAUUUUAAUUAAACUUUUUACUUUCA